UUAAAUCCACUUUCCAUUUCCCUAUGUGGAUUUUCACUUUUGCUGCCAACACAAUGAUUAAAUGAACUGUCCGUGCUCUGCUUAGUUUGGAUUUUCUUGGAGGCUGAUCAGUCAAUUGUCCACAAUAGCGCUGAGAUGUUUUCUGGGUUAGCACAAUCACAUAGCUGAAAGCAAACACUUGAAGAUGGAGGAGUGCCACAAAGACAUCCUCUUGAUCCAGCGUGUUAACCUGGUAGACAAUAUGAACAUGAGAGGUGGCCUGCUAUCCCAGCUUAUUGCCAGAAAAGUCCUUGAUCCCAGGAUGGUCAGAGAGAUAAAGACUGGGCGCACCCUGGAUCAGCAAGCCGAGGAGCUGCUAGACAUCUUACCCCAGUGUGGAUCUAAGGCCUUCAAACUCUUCUGUGAUGCACUCGUUGCUGACAAACAGGGAGAAUUAGUAUCGCUCUUUCUAAAAUCAGAAACAGAAAACAAUGAAACUUCAGAAAAUAAUUCUGAUAGAAAAUCAAGCCCAGCUUGUGUACAAGAGACUGAAACCGGUGAAACCAAAGAGUCUGUUUCAUUGACACAUUCAGCAUCCAGGGAGAGCUUACCCACUGCAUCAUAUGUACAGCCUGUGACGAUUCGAGAAGAAUACCAACAAGAAUCAUAUAGGAGAAGUAUAGAACCGCACGGUGCUAUAUUGGUGGAGCCAAAUUUAGAUCAAGGGCAUGGUAUCAUGCAGCGUAGACCCAGUGAUGACCAAGAUUUUCAGCAGGAAGCUAGAUAUUUCUAUGAAAAUAAGUUUCUCGAUCCAUCUAAGGUUUCAAAAUCAGUGUAUUCUGUGUAUAACAGUGGUGGUAUGAUGUGUAGUCAGAAUGAUAAAGAGCGGUUGUUUAGACCAGAGUAUGGUUAUGGCUCACAUAGCAAGCAUAAAGUACCAGGGUUGUAUGAAGAACCUGGGAUCAAAUAUGAUAUGAUUGCAAAAGACUCCUCGCCAGCAAAUAUGAUAAAUCAUGGUAAACAUGAGCUAACCAGAAGUAUUGCUCAUUCACCAAAUGUGUUCAUGCAUUCUCCACAGAAAUCCGGUCUUCCGUCCAAUGUUGCCAAUGUUAAUACAAAGUUUCAUGAGAAUUCUGAGUAUUCCAAUAGAUUUGCUCCAUUAAAAUCUAGAAAUCACUUGGGUGAUGAUAGGUCCCAAUUUAGCCAAGAAUCAAAUGGAAAUCCUCAAGUUAGGGUAUUGACUGAUAGAAAUUAUGAAUCAGAGGUUAGAAAUAACCAGAAAAGGUCUCGGAACAGAUUUGAUGAUGAACAUUUUAUGGAAAAAGAUGUUCAACAUUUUGAAGGGCCAUAUCCUGCUAUGACACCAAAAGCCUAUCAAAGGGAAUAUACUGAGUUACCUGAAAGGUUUGUUGAAGUAAAUUCUGAUGCUGACAAUAGACAAGACAGAAAAAUAGUAACAUUGAGACGCCAUGUUGAAAGAGUACUUCCUGUUUCACGCCAUCCUGACCUCCAGACUAAAGAGUAUCCAGAAAUGGGAGAUAAUUAUGUUCCACACAGGCUGGCUAGGAAUGACAGUGUUGAUACCAUGCAUAAGCGACCAUCAUCAGAGCAGUUAGAGACAAAUUACAGCAAAAGAUUUCGUGAGGAUGUCGAUAGUGUACCUAAUCAAGAUGUCCCUGACCGCCAGGUCAACCAAACUGCUGUGGAAAGACUAGUACAUUCUGACCUUCAAAAUUCCAAAGACAUUGUGCGAAUUCCAACGCCCCAAAAAACCAAACCCUCUCCAAUUCCUAUCAUAUCAGAGUCACCAAGGGUUACCUCUCAACCAAAGUUCUAUAUUCAGGGUGACCUUGAGCAUGAGAAAGGUCAAAGGUCAUCAUUGCUAGGAGCGAUGGAUGACCCAGAAAUUGACCUCACUGAUGGACCAAUCACUGUGCAUGUUGAGUUAUGUGCACGGCAGUUUUAUCUUAACCAUUAUAAAAAGGCAUACCAGAUGGCCCGUAUACCCCGAGGCAAGGCUCUGAUUCUCAAUGUGAACCAGGUUGUGGGUAAGACUGAGAGACGGGGGACUGACAUUGACCGGGAUAACCUUCAUCAUCUACUCUGUCAAUUACAUUUUGAUGUCACUGUUAUCAAUGAUGAGGAUGGGCUGACAGCUCUGGAAAUGGUGAAAAAGCUACAAGAUUUCUCCCAAGAUCCCGGCCACGCCCUAGGAGACUGCUGUGUGGUGUGCAUCCUCAGUCACGGCGAGGAAGGCUACAUAUUCGGUGCUGAUGGGAAAAAGUUUGAGCUUGACGCAGUUUUCUCCCUGUUUGAUAAUACGUGCUGCCCAGACUUGAGAGGGAAACCCAAGAUGUUUAUUAUACAGGCUUGCAGGGGAGGAGCGUUGGACCGUGGAGUACAGUACUAUCCGGAUGAACAUGAUGGGGCAGACGCCAGAGUGAGACAGGUGCCGUCCAUGUCUGACAUGCUCAUCUGUUACCCUACUCAGGAAGGUUACUAUGCAUGGCGUAAUCGAGAUCGGGGAAGCUGGUAUGUGGAAGCCUUGGUACAGGUCUUCAUGAAGUAUGCACACUGUGAGGACGUUUGUGCCAUGCUGAACAGGGUAAACCUGUUGGUGUCCAAGAAGGUAUCUCAUUGUCCGAAUGCCGACAUGGACCGAAUGUCUCAGAUGUCGGAAUACAAGAGUACACUGCGCAUGCCACAUCUGUUCUUCUUUCCCGGCAUUGGAACAGCUUGAUCUGGGAAGAUCGUUCUUCAAUCAUGAUUAGUUCCAAGUUUGGUCCAUUAAGUGGUAUAUGUAUAGGUGACUGCCUAUUUAGUGAAGGGGUAGUGUCAGUGAAUUGGAUUCAUUGCUGUGGUGCGGAUUUGUGACCUUUGCUAAAACUAUCAUUUUUACUUAAUUUACCGUCCAGUUUUAUAAGCAUAAUUGUUGCAUUGUUUGCAAAUGUCAAACAUUAAACCAUGUACUUUUGAUGCAUUUAGAUCACCAAUAUUCUUCACAAGUGCUUCUGAGGAUUAAAUCUCUUAUCUCUUGAUUUUUCAACAGCAUUUUUCACUUUUCCUGACUAAAUUGCAGGGGCAGUCCUCAAGUUAGUUUUUCCUCAACUUUCAUACAAAUUCAAUUAACACAGAUAUAUAGACAAAUAUGAAAAAUAUAACAAAACAGCCACAAAUGAUUUUCUUUGAUGUGCAUAUUAUUUGAGUUGUAGGGAAACACCAAACAAACUUACAUUAAUUGUUGCCUGAGAUAAUAGGCUUUUCAACUUUGACUAUGGCACGGAAAUCAGCCAUGAUACUAUACUGUGUUUGCUUACUUCUCUGUAGGAAGAUUUUCUACAUAAUUAAGCUUUAAUCAUGUAAAUAAUGUAGAAAAAUGUCUCCGGAUUAAAAGAUUUUAAAAUGGCUCUUUUAUAAACUUUUAUGGUUCAGGAGCCCUUCUAUGGUUCAGGAGCCCUUCUAUGGUUCAGGAGCCCUUCUAUGGUUCAGGAGCCCUUCUAUGGGUCAGAGGCCCUUCUAUGGGUCAGAGGCCCUUCUAUGGGUCAGAGGCCCUUCUAUGAGUCAGAGGCCCAUUUCAAUAAAUAUCACAAGCCUCAAGAUGGUAUAUUCCAGGACAAACUAUGUUUUGGGCUUAACUGUGUUUCAAUAGAAAUAAUGUAAAAAACAUACUGUAACUUUACAGGUGAACCUGAACAAUUUUGAGCAGUGUAUGUGUUACGACUAAGAUAUCUUUUUUGAAAGAUCUUUUUUUCUGACUUGUUAAGGAAAGACAAGAACUGUAAGUUUUGUCAUAUAUUUUUUAUGCUGUCAUAGACAAGUUGUAGCGUUAAAGCCCAGUAUAAAUCAACUGUGAAAAGCAGAACUUGUAUUUGGAACUGCACUUAAAAGUUGAAUUAUUUUCUGCCACAGUAUAGACUGACAGACAUCAGGUCCCGAUUUCUCGAACAAGUUUAAGUCCCUUAUAACAGGAUCAAGCUAAGCUCACAUUUAUGUUUUCCUAUAAUGUAUGACAUAUUCUGAUGUUGAAGAGUUCUAAGAUUUUUUUUUAUCGUCAUGAUAAUCAUGAUAAACUAUUUCUUAUGUUGUAAAAUACAGUUUAAGUAAGAUAUUAUGCUAACCAAAAUAAGUAGCUUAAAUUUGUUAAGCUGAAGGUUUGUAGAGAAAUAGGGGACAUACUCUUGUAAAUUGUCUGUAGAUUUUCUGAAAUAGUUGAUACAUUUUGUAUUCCAAUUAUGCAUUUUGUUUGAGUGUGUUUUGUUUUAUUUUAACUUUGCAAGAUAUUUUAAAGAUUGAUUCAAUUACUUUUACGCUUUGCUUGAUUGAUACAUUGUAAUUAUACCAAGAUACAUGUAUAUUUAUGCACAUUAUUCAUGCACUUUCAUACUAUAAUGUAUAACUAUUUGAUACCUGUGAAUGUGUUUUUUUACCAAAUGAGCAUACUGUAGUUUAUCCGUCCCAAGUUAAUGUGUUCAUAUUUUUAUAUGUCUUUUAUGGAUUGUACAUGUAUUUUAUUUGUCAGAACUUCGCGAAUGACAUCUUUCAUUCCAUUCUGCUAAUAUAUGUUUGCUAUUAUUCAUAAAAUAUAUUCAUUCAAUUUAAAUAAGUAUCCUUUUCCACUAAUGGUUAUCAAAUAUCUGGGAUUCACAUCUUUUAAAUGAAAUAUUCUUUUUACAUACUGUUGUCUUAUAGGCGCACAAGAUAGGUUGAAGCUAAAAAUGCAUUAUCAUGUUAAACUCAUUCGACAUAAAUGAUCAAAACUAAAAAAAUCAUAUGAUUUAGGUACACAGUUUUGAUCUGGGGAUUUUGUGACCAGGCAGCUAUUAAUUCAACAAACCAUUUAUAAAGGCUAAUAUUUUUUAUCAGUACCUUCAUCGUUUGCUUUUUUACUUUUUAUCACUUAAGCCAAGUAAGUUUAACAUGCUAAUGUGUUAAAAUUAAAAACAAUUAUUUUUUAAUAAAACCUGCUGGUAUAUUGUGUGCCUUCAAAUUAUUACAAUCCUGAACAGAACUUGCUGUUUAUUUUGUGUAGCUAUGUUUAGACUUUGAAUAGCUAUUAAUAUAUUUUGUUUGUUAUUAGCAAAAAUUGUUAUUUGAAGUUGUUUAGAAUUGUCAAGUUCAGAGAUGUAUUAUUUAGAUUUUAUUUUAUGAUUAAUUAGUGCAUGAAAGAAAGUUUCUCCUAGUAAGUUGAAUGAUGAAGUAAAUGAUUAUUUCUGAUAUUUUAUUGGCUUGUAGAAACAUGCUUACAACACAUGAAUUUUUCACAGCAUUUCCAAUUCUUAAUAUACUGGGGAUGUCUACCACCUAAAUCCCAGAUUUAAACUGGGAAACAAUUAUGCACUUUUUUAAACAGGGAAACAUAGAUGAGACAGCAACAUAAUUGUUGCAUUUAUUAUUUAAUCAUGUUAAAUGAUGUAUUAUCGGCCUCCUAGCUCGCAUGGACAAAUCUAGGUUUAUUUUGAGUAAAUACUGUAUUUGCCAAUUAGGGACCAUCCGGUGUCUAGCCCCUUUAAUAUAACCAAUAUGUGCCUUAUGGUUGGAGAAAAGUUAGAGUAGUGUAUAGAGGGAAAAUGGUAGACAAAAUACAAUGAUCUCUAAUGAGGGGUAAUGCAUAACUAUAAGUAGUUAAACUUCUGUUGUAGUAGCUAACACAAAAAUCAGUCAGAUUGUGACUAAUCCUUGAUGUUAAAUUAUUUUCCAAUGUUAAUUGUUAGCCUUCCAUGAAUUGUUAUGUAUUUUGUUAACAAGAUUGUUAGUUAUAAUGUCAAUAUUUGAAUUUGAUGUCUUCCAUCAUUUUGUUACAAUAAGGCAGAGGAUUUUUUGCUGAUCGUUUUUUUUAUCAAAGCAUUACUCCAAAUGACAGUACAGAUGUGUGUAGCAAUGUAUAUUCUGGUUAAGUUUGUGUUUGAAAGAUAAUAAAUGAUGAGCAUGUUCUUCUUGAAAUGCUGUUUGAAGCCUGUAUGAAAUUUUGCUGAAAGAAAGUUGAAAUAUUGUCAAAGCCUUGACCUAAUUUUUGUUAUCUUCGUCAUUGGCAAGCAGAAACUUUAACCAUGACUUUAACUCAAAACAUGUUCAAGAUAUUCAAAUGAAACUUGGUACAAAUGUUACAAUACACAAACAUAUAUGUAAAGCAAAGUCCAUAUCUCUGGCUUUCCUAAUUUUCGAGUUAUAUUCUUUGACUGCGAAAAUAUCAGAAGACCGUUGGCAUUCUUAGCGGAGCUCGCGUAUUAAAAAAUGUCAUAUUGAUUUUUUGUGUACUUCUAGUGGUUAUUUAUUUUUGGACAAAGUCUUGAAAAUCACAAAUAUGUAGGUGAUAAAUGGAUCAGGAAAAUCCGAAUUCUCGAUGUAUGUAAAAGGACAAUGCACUGUUUUAUGGUAUGUUGAAAGGGUUAUAAUCCUUGGUUGAUGUUUCCUAAUUUUAACAUAGAUUAAAGCGUAGAGAUUAUUUAUUACCAUGUGUGUUCUAAUUAUUAACAAUGAAAAUGGUUAAACGUCAGUAUUACAAAUCUGGGGUUGUUAUGUUUGGAAAGUUUUUCUAUUACAGCAACAAACUUGAGGGUCAAAUUAAUUAUGUGUUGACCUUACCUACCUAUAUGAUCUUUUGAGAUGUUUAUUUUUGUAGAAUAUUUGUAAAAAAUACUAUAUUAUAAUCUCUUUGUCUUAACAUUCCAUUUUCAGCUUUUAAACUAAUAAAGGAUUGAAAAUA